AUGCCUGGUGGUACGAUAAUUCAGAUACGGGAUCACUGCCUGAACACCCUGAAACAUAACCUCGAACCGGAGAGCUGCAUCGACACUUACCGCCUGGCCUCCAGCGGUGGAUACGAUUACCUCGCCAAGGUAGCCUUUCGAUACAUCGUGCGGAACUUCGACGAGGUGUGGAAGAACAGCGCCCAGUUCCAGGCUCUGACGCCAGAGGAGAUGUGCAGCAUCCUGGAGGACGACCGGCUGCACGCCCCCAACGAGGUGGAGGAGACAUUCAGGGCCAUCUUGAAGUGGAUCUCCGCCGACGUGGACGAAAGGAAGGCCUACCUCGCCAAGUUCCUGCCACUCGUGCGCUUCGCACGCUGCUCCGUCACAGACAUUGAGAACGUGGUCACCACCCCACAAAUCCUGGGUGACGGAGACAGCAUGAAGGUGCUGAACGUAAUCCACCAGACGCUCAGCCUGCCGUCCAUGGCGGUAGGCGAAGUUGCCGGCGUCGACCUGUCCCCGAAGCUGUGGCUCAAGCCUCGCCUGCCCAAAAACAUUCUCUUCCUUUUCGGCGGCUGGACGGUGGGCGCGACCAACAAGAUGCUCACAUUCUACUGCCGCGCAGCCAAGUGGCGCAUGAUGGGCAAACAGAACACCACGCCCAGGGCGUACCACGGCGUAGCAGUGAUCGGGCAGUGUAUCUACUUCGUGGGCGGAUUCAACGGUCGCGAGUGCUACCACUCGGUCGCCUGCUUCGACUUGUCCCUGGCCAGAUGGAGCGCCAAGGCCAACAUGGCGAAAGCGCGCUGCUACGUCAGUGUUGCCGUUCUCCAGGGUCACAUCUACGCCAUGGGAGGUUUCGACGGCCACAUGCGCACAAACACGGUCGAGCGGUACGAGGUCAACACAAACCAGUGGUCCAUGGUGGCCAACAUGAACGACAUCCGCAGUGACGCCAGCGCCGCUGCAGCUGGAGGACGCAUCUACAUGUGA